GAGCAGCCUGGCGGCUGUGGGGCGGCAACCGAGGCAUGGCGGCGCGGCGGGGCGAAGAGGAGGACAAAAAGGAGGAGGAGGAAGGCGAAGGGGAGAGCGCUGUUCUGCGCCCUAGAGACCAGCUGAGCCGCAGGAUUAAAGAGCAGAAAGUUGUAAUUGAUGAGCUUUCUAAUUUGAAGAAGAACAGGAAAGUUUAUAAGCAGCAACCCAACAGUAAUAUAUUCUUCCUUGUAGACCGAACAGAAACACUGUCUCAAUGCAAAAUUGUAUUAGAUGAAUUAAAGAAGGCACAUCAGGAGAUGGAAAAUUCAGAGAAGACGAAAAUCAAGAAGUAGACCAUCUGAAUUCAGUCGCAAUGUGUGGUAUUUGUUGUGUUGUUACCUUGCCUAGCCAGCACACUGUUCAUCAUUCCUUUAAUGAAGACAUGCACUGCUGUCUGAGAAGAAGAGGACCAGACAGUAACCAACAGUUGAUAAAAACUGCAUCUGAUCUGUCUUAUAAGUGUCUGUUUUCUGGCCAUGUACUUCACUUGAGGGGAGUACUGACUCCUCAGCCUCUGGAAGAUGCCAAUAACAGUAUUUUCCUUUGGAAUGGAGAAAUUUUCAAUGGAUUGCCUGUAGGAGAUACAGAAAAUGACACUGAAGUUAUGUUUCGUCAUCUUGAAUUAUGCAGUAAUGAAGCUGAUAUUUUGUCGCUCUUUUCAUU